UAAAGCUAAAUAAGAAAUCAUUCCUUCAAAAAAAAAAAAAAAAAAAAAAUCCUAAAUCGCUCCUUAAAAAAAUAAGAAGAAAGAAAUCGUGAAUAGCAGUAUUUUCAUCCAAGCCAUCGUGAAUCGCAGUAGCAGUAGCAAUUAAGAGGUGUAAAAAGCUUCAGAGUGAGUGUGAGUUGCCUGAUUGUGUUAUAUCUUAUAUCUUUUCCAAGUUAGCUUUGAAGGAUUUGGUGAAAACAAGUGCAUUAUCCAAAAGAUGGAUUCACGAAUAUUGGGGAUUAAAGACGGAACUCAACUUUGAUCUCCAUACAAUGUUUGACUAUAACACAAUUCAAGACUUACCAAAAAGCCUUCCACUCUUUCAAAGGUUUCACUUUCAAUCUGAAUUUGCCACCAGAUUGGAUCAAUUUGUGCUCCAUUAUAAAGGUGACAUGAUCAGUUCAAUCCGAGUAAAAUUUCCAUUAGGCAAUGAACACAGGGAUGCCAUUGAUAGAUUGAUCUCCAAAGGAAUUGCUAAGGGUGCCAAACGUAUUGAACUUCUCUUCUCAUCUGAAACAAAUGAUACUACUCAUUCUAUUUUGCCAUACAAAUUUUCCCUUACUCUCUUAUCUGACAAUGAUUCUCUCACGUAUCUGCACCUACAAAACUGUCUUGUAUUAGAACCUAUGAACUUAUCUGGAUUAAAAAACUUGAGAACUCUUGUGUUCCAUCUAGUUGAUGUGAAGCAGAAACUUCUUCAGAGUCUGUCUUCUAAUUGCAGUCAUCUUUUAGACUUCACCCUUGAUGAUUGUCAUUUCACUUCUAGCUUGAUAAUAAACAUACCAACAUUGCUUCGUUUGAAUAUUGUUAACUGUAGGGUUAACAUUGAAAGGUAUAUAGAUAUUAUUGCAUCAAAUCUCUCAUCCUUUGAGUAUUCUUGUAAUGAUCGUUUUAGAGUACACCCAAUUAACAUUAAGUCUCAUAUGUUAUCCAAGUUUAUCUACAGAGGUGCUCGAUUUUCUAAACCUAUUGGGUUUUUUGGAUUGAAAAACGUAACAACAAUUGUGUUGGAUGGACUCACUGAAAAUCUAUCUGGGAACAUUUUGAAUAAUUUGUUUUCUGAUUGUUUCAAACUCGAGAACGCCACCUUUAAGAACUGCUGCCUCACAAGUUCAACAGACAUUACCAGUCAAAAGUUGCGUCAUUUAAGCAUAAUUGAUUGUGGUUUUGGGGAAUACUCUCCUUAUGCGAUAACUAUUGAUGCACUGAAUCUCUUAUCCUUUGAAUAUAGUGGUCAAAACACACAUAUAAUUUAUGUUACGGCUCCAAAGUUAUUGAAGAUUUUCUGGAAUGCGGCUGUGAGAGAGAAAAUACCACAUCCCUUUGGUCCUAUUGAAAGCUUACCACAUAUUGAGAAUUUAGCUAUGAUCAUCUACCCUUCACAGGUUGAGAAAUUAAAGCAGGUAUUAUUUCAAUUUCAAAAUCUUAGACAAUUAGAGUUAUUUGUGGAAGGAGGAGUGUAUGAUCUUGAUAUGAACUAUUUUUGGAUUUUAGAUAUUAUAACGGCUUCUCAACAUCUCCAGAAAAUUUCUAUAACAAUUAGAAAUCGACAUCUGAAAAAUUCACGUAUGGUAGAAUUUAAGAGGGAAAAAAGAAAAUAUGCAGAGUUUUCUCAUAAUGAUUUGAAAUAUGUGGAGUUUUGUGGUUGUGUUUUCUCUGCGGAUGUUAUUGAAUUAGCAAGUCAACUAUUGAGGAAUGCAAAUUCGCUUAACAAAAUGACUUUCAGUUCUCUUCACAAAUUCUAUAUAGGUGCUGGUAGAUGGACUAGUGGCUCUGAUGGUUGUCUGCUUGGACAAAAUGUUAUUUAUGAGAUGCUUAAAGAUGAAGUAAAUAAACAAUGUCAACUUAUAAUUUUGUAGUGUUAUUUAAUCUAUAAUGAAUUUCUACUAUUAGUCAUAAAUCAACAUUGUAUAAUUUACUCUUGGUCGAGGGAAAUAGGAAACAUGAUGUGAUUGGAAUAGAAAUUUGAAAUUAGAACUCUA